GCCAAAGAAGAAGAAGUGUCACUGCGUUUGACCGGCUACAAAAAUGGCGGGUGUUUUGAUAGAAAAACAACUCGCACAACGCGUUUAUAAUGCCUUACAGGCUGGGCCUUGUCCCUUGGUGGAAGGUCUGCAUCUACAUGAGACAGACACCAUGCUGCAGCUGCUGUGCACUCCCUCUCAGCACCGCACAGACAUACUGGCAUGGAUCUGCAGCAGCAUCAAUCCAAACUUUGCCAGCUCCAGAGCAAGAUCCAAAAACCCAGAUAUGCUGACUAAAGAUAUGGCCAUGCUUGGACAAGAGCUAACACUGUGCAAAGCAGACGACCUGGACCUGAUCAGGGGUGAUGCAAGUGCUCGUCGGCAGCUUCAAUUCCUGGAGCAGCUUCUAACUCUUGUUCCAGGCUGCCAGACGUCUGCCACUCACAAAGUGGAUACCGAGGCGCUGCUGAAUGAGCUGUUUGCUAAUGACAACUUGCCUCACCUCAGACAAACGCUCAGACCUACGUUUGACCCCUGGCCUGCAGACAUCAGGGCUUUAUUCAAGGGCACCAUGUCAUCCUGUCAGAAGAGCUCUAAAGAAGAAGGUGCUGAUGUUGCUGCCCUCCUGCAGUCCACUCAGUCAGUACUGGAGCAGCUGCAGUCACAGUGUGAGUUCCUGACAAAUGAGCCACAGAAUCCUGUAGUCCUCCGUCCUAAUGCAUUGCACGUGGCGGCGCGGGACCUCCAGCAGCUGAUGGCUACUUUCGGACGCGUUUACGAGACAAACCUGAGAGCUUACUGCAACAGAGACCCGCCCAACUUCAGCAGUGAGGCCGACAUCUUCCACAGAGUACACCAACUGCUGCUGGCCUGCAAAACGGAGCUGGAAAUGCUGAGUGAAAUAUCAGAAGCAUCUGUGUCCAUGAGUGAGGAUGUGAGCCAGCUACAAACACAGCCUCGCUACUGGAGCGGACAAGACAAGCACACAUUAGCGGAACAGUUGGAGAAACUAACCAGGAGAUAUGGAGACUUUCUCACUCGGCUUCAACCCUGAUGUCAUCACAAACACCAACUUAACCUCCAACCGUCAAGUUGAAUGUUACU